AUGGGAAAAUUUGAAAAAGGAUGGGAAAAGCCAUCUCCUAUUCAAGAGGCUUCAAUCCCAAUUGCAUUUAGUGGUAAAGAUGUGCUAGCGAGAGCGAAAAACGGAACUGGUAAAACAGGAGCUUAUUGUAUUCCAGUGUUAGAACAGGUGGAUCUAAAAAAAGAUGCUAUACAAGCUUUAAUUGUAGUACCAACUAGAGAGCUAGCACUACACACAUCACAAAUUUGCAUUGAACUGGCGAAGCACACAGAUAUUCGUGUAACGGUUACCACAGGAGGCACAAACCUCAGAGAUGACAUAAUGCGUAUUUACCAAAAUGUUCAAGUGAUUAUUGCUACGUCAGGUCGAAUGAUUGAUCUCAUGGAUAAACAAGUAGCUAAGAUGGACCAGUGUAGAAUGUUAGUUCUUGAUGAAGCCGACAAAUUACUUUCACAAGACUUUAAACGAAUUUUAGAUAUGGUUAUUUCACGAUUACCAAAAGAACGCCAAAUCUUGCUAUUUUCUGCCACCUUCCCACUGAGUGUGAAGCAGUUUAUGGAAAAGCAUUUAAGGGAACCGUAUGAAAUAAACCUCAUGGAGGAACUUAUACUUAAAGGUGUCACACAGUAUUAUGCAUUUGUACAAGAAAGACAAAAAGUAAAUUGCUUAAAUACACUGUUUUCAAAGUUACAAAUAAACCAUUCUAUUAUAUUCUGCAAUUCCACUCAGCGAGUAGAGCUGCUGGCAAAAAAAAUAACAGAGUUAGGUUACUGCUGCUAUUACAUUCACACGCGAAUGACGCAGGCACACCGUAAUCGCGUGUUUCACAACUUUCGCGUCGGACUUUGCCGCAACUUGGUGUGCUCUGACCUCUUCACCUGA